CACCACCCGAAAUUAUAAAGUAAAAGUAAUAAAAUCAAAUUAUAUAAAUUGGCAAAAGUCGAAGAAGAUGAUGAUUGAAUGUUUAUUUGGCAGUGAAUGGAAGAGAUAGAGAGGAGCAUGGGUCUCUGUGAAGAAGAUAACGUAGAGAGAGUUAUUAUGUUUGAUUCUGAAGCGUGACGUCACUCAGAAACCGUGAAUCAAGGAUCUUUCUUCCACUCCUUUCUCUGAUUUUGACUUUCUCUCCUCUCUCUAUAUAUAAGCUCAACAUCAAUAUGUCUACGGCUUCUUCUUGGAUUCAACAACCUCCUUUUAGAUACUUACCGGAUCGUGGCGGUUUCUCUAAGCCAAGCUCUCGCAGCGCGCGGCAGUUUUCCUCCGGCGUUGUUUCAGCUUCCGCUUCUUCUCCUUCGCCUUCAUCCUCGUGCUCCUGUGGUUAUUCGGAGAUUUUGAAUUUCGAUUUCGGGUCAAACAGAAGCUGGAACCAACAGGGACGCAGGGUUCAGGCAAUGAGUUCCACAGCCCAACGGAAAUUUUCGCUAUCGAAAGGCGACUCCGAUGACAAAAAUGAACCUGAUCAUCUUCUUGUUCUUGUACAUGGUAUUUUGGCCAGUCCCAGCGACUGGCUCUACGUAGAAGCUGAGCUGAAAAGACGCCUUGGAAGAAGAUUCUUGAUUUAUGCAAGUUCUUCCAAUACCUUCACUAAAACAUUUGGCGGGAUCGAUGGAGCUGGAAAACGACUAGCAGAAGAGGUUAGACAAGUUGUCCAAAAGAGCAAGAGCUUAAAGAAGAUUUCGUUUUUAGCCCACUCCCUCGGUGGCUUAUUUUCCAGACAUGCUGUUGCUGUUCUUUACUCAGCAGCAAUGGCACAAGUAAGUGAUGUUGCUGUCUCUCAAUCUGGCAAUUCAAAUCUUCUGCGAGGUAGGAUUGCGGGGCUAGAACCGAUUAAUUUCAUCACUUUGGCAACACCUCAUCUAGGAGUGAGAGGCAGAAAGCAGCUGCCUUUUCUGUUGGGAGUUCCUAUUCUUGAGAAACUUGCUGCACCAAUAGCUCCAUUCUUUGUUGGUCGGACUGGUAGUCAGUUGUUCCUCACUGAUGGUAAAGCUGAUAAACCACCUCUUCUUUUGAGGAUGGCAUCUGAUGGUGAAGAUCUGAAAUUCUUAUCGGCGCUGGGGGCAUUUCGAAGUCGCAUUAUAUAUGCAAACGUAUCUUAUGACCGUAUCCUGUGCAUUUCUGUUGCUGUUUAACUAGUACAGAUGUGCCUAGCUGUGUCUGCAUUUGUUUUCUGAACUGUUUCCUUUGACAUCAAGUAGACAUGGUUGGUUGGCGUACAUCUUCCAUUAGGAGAGAAACUGAACUUAUCAAGCCUUCACGCCGGUCUCUGGAUGGAUACAAGCAUGUUGUUGAUGUUGAAUACUGUCCACCUGUUUCAUCAGAUGGUGCCCAUUUCCCUCCAGAAGCUGCUAAAGCCAAGGAGGCCGCACAAAGCUCUCCUAGCCCUCAGAACACACUUGAGUAUCAUGAAAUUGUGGAAGGUGUAGAAUUAGCCCAAACAUUUGAUUGAUUCUUCUAAAUCGGCAUGAGAUUUACAAUUUAUACAAAUAUUGGUGCAGAGGAAAUGAUCCGCGGUCUGCAGAGGUUGGGGUGGAAGAAAGUUGAUGUCAGCUUCCACUCCACCUUCUGGCCUUACUUAGCUCAUAACAACAUUCACGUGAAAAGUGAAAGACUUUACAAAGCAGGAGCUGGAGUUAUUGCACACGUUGCAGAUAGUAUAAAACAGCAAGAGUCUUCCACGUUUAUUACCGCCAGCUUAUAAAUCGUGAGCAUUUCGAGUGUUUGACCCGUUAAUGCUGAGUGUGCUACGACAUUUGAACCAUUCCUGUGUUUUGCUUUUACCAUACAGUUUGGGAGAUCGGUGCAGAUCAAGAAUGUUCGCAUCUUUGCUUCUUCUAUUUUUUUUCUUGGCGAAAUCAGAAGAAGUACAAUCCAAUUCAUCUGUACAUGAUUUUCUUGUAUUAGCUUGUUGAUGAUACAACACUUGAAAGAUGUUAUUAUAGAUUAAGGUUUCUUAAAGAGAAAAGUUAUAUAUGUUCAACCUCUACUCUUCAAAAUAACAGAUUCAGCUGAAGACAUUUGUUUCUAGUCAAUUUGUUUUUGGAAUUUUUCUUAAUUCAAAGAAAAUUGUG